GACCGUGCCCAGCUGCAGGAGCGAUAUGACACACAGUCUCUCGAGCUCGCUACCUUGCGAGAUGCCUUCCAGCAUAUGAUAUAUCCUCACUCUCAAGAGGCGAGCAUCAUCCUUCAGCAGCAGCUCAAGUCUGGCUCAGCUGAACGCCAGACGGCCAUCAUACGAGCCAUUGCCCCUCAUCUCCUGGUCUUGUCCGAGGACAAGCACGGCAAUUUCUUGGUUCAGCGAGCGAUCGGUAUCAACGCCUCCGUAGCCUGGAAGUUGAAGGGAAGCUAUGCUCGACUAGCUCUCUCUCAGUACGGCUGUCACGUUGUUCAACGCAUCUUGGACGAAGACGAACCCCUCAAGAUUGCAGUCGUCGAAGAGCUUCUUUCUCAGAAUCUACUCGAGACUCUCACCUCUCGCAACUCUGUACAUGUCUGGGCCAAGGCUCUCGAGGUCAAGUGGUCCAGCGAAAAGUUCCGCGAAAAGGUCUUUGACGUCAUCAAUGCGGCCAUGCGAGGUCACUGGGCAUACACUGCUAUGCAGGAGACUGGCAGCAUUGUCGUUCAGAAUCUCUUCGAGAGCGCGCAAGGCCCCGAGAAGAAGGAUUGCAUCGAGGAGAUCCUGCAUAAGCUGCCCGAGUGCGCUGCCAACCAGUGGGGCGUCUGGGUAGUUCAGCACAUCAUCGAGCACGGCGAUGAUGAUUCCCGCACCGUUGCCUUCGAGAAGCUCCUGGGUGAAGCAGCGAUGCUGUCCAUGUCUCAAUUCGGCCAGAAGGCGAUCAUGACUGCUCUCAAGUCCCGAGAUGCACACUUCAUCGGCGGCUACCUAGACCUACUCUGCGACGGCCCCAACGCCUCUGGCAGCGGAGGAGAGGGUAGUGGACAGAGCAGUGUGAGCGCCAAUGCGUCCUCUGGACGACGAUCUAUGCUUGUAGACAUUGCCUCGACUCCACAAGGCCUGCAGAUCAUGACUCAGCUUCUCACGACGAUCAGUCGAGAUGACCGCGAACGUAUCAUCAAGGCAGUGCGCAAGAAUUCAGUGUUCCUCAAGGGUACAAAGACAGGACUCAAGGUUCACCAGAUGUGCGAGCGUGCUAGAGCUUUCACCGGCUACUAGUCGGUAGAUGCACCCGUUCUCAAGGCAGCAGAAGUCCUGUUUUCCCGUAGUAGAUUACUUUUCCCUUUCAACUUUUCUCCAACCGGCGAUGUGUCCAAUCGCACUGCUCCAUGGCACUGGCGUGUCUACUCACUUCUUCUCUUGGCCACCCUCGAUACCGGAUCUCUCGUCACAAGUCCUUCCUUUCACGACUAUACUCGUUGGCCACACAUCUCUCCCGCCGUCUCCAAACCCUUAUACUUCAAGGCGCUCUCUUUGGCUAAUCUUGGACCCAUUUCCCUUACCAGACCCAUUAGUGUACACAAUGUUUGAGUAGCUCACGGUUAGAGCAAUGAGAAUACGACCAUCCAAUGUUAAGGAUCAGUGUCCUCCUUCUUCUUUCUUCUCUCGUUGUUGGGCUGAGGGGGUGCGUAGUGAGUAGGAGGCAGGGCAAGCGGUGAAGUGCGGUGACCUUUGCAAGGG